AUGAUUUCAUCAACUGCUUGGGUACCAAGAGGUUAUGCUGCCGAAUUCCCAGAAAAAUAUGAACUUAAUGAUGAAGAAAUGGAAAGAAUAACGGCUAUGGCUAAGUUACAAUUGAGUGAUGAACCUGAAGAAUUGAACAAUCUCAAAAAAGAUAUUGAAAUCGAUGAUGACUUGAAAGAAUAUAAUUUGGAGACUUAUGAUGAAGAUGACGAUGAAGGUGAAGAAGUUGGAAUGUUACCAGGUUUAAGUGGUACCGAAGCCAGAUAUCAUGAAGGUGAAGAUGGUAACGAUCCUUAUUUGAGUUUACCUAAUGAAGAAGAUGAAAAUUUAGAAAAGGAAGACUUACAAAUUUAUCCUACUGAUAAUUUAAUCUUAUCUACCAGAACUGAAGAUGAUAUUUCAUACUUGGAUGUUUACGUUUAUGAUGAUGGUGCUGGAAAUAUCAACGAAAAUGGAAUCGAAGAUGAUCCAAGUAAUACUCAAGGAUUCAUGAGAGAAUCAUCAUUAUAUGUUCAUCAUGAUUUGAUGUUACCUGCAUUCCCACUUUGUGUUGAAUGGAUCAACUAUAGACCUAAUUCCGAAAACAAUGUUGGAAAUUUUGCUGCUAUUGGUACAUUUGAUCCACAAAUUGAAAUUUGGAAUUUAGAUUCUGUCGAUAAAGCAUUCCCUGAUUUGAUUUUAGGAGAACCAGAAGAAAAUAAACCUAAGAAAAAGAGUAAAAAGAAGAACAGUCACAAUUUAACUCAUCAUACUGAUGCUGUUUUAUCAUUAAGUCAUAACAGAUUACAUAGAAAUGUGUUAGUAUCAACAUCAGCCGAUGCUACAGUUAAAUUAUGGGAUUUAAAUAAUGGUACAGCAGUUAGAUCAUUUAAUACUAUUCAUAAUGGAAAGACAGUUUCCUCAUCACAAUGGCAUCCAUCUGAAGAUUCUAUAUUAUUAACUGGUGGUUAUGAUUCUAAAGUUGGGAUCUCAGAUGUUAGAUUACAAUCUGAUAUGACUAAACAUUAUAGUGUUGGUAAUGAAGAUAUUGAAACCGUUAAAUGGGGAGCUCAACCAGAAAUCUUCCAUUGCGGUACUGAUAAAGGUAAUGUUUAUACUUUUGAUAUCAGAAAUCCAGAUAAACCAAUUUGGACUUUACAUGCUCAUGAUGCAGGUAUUUCUUCAUUAGAAAUAAAUCAUCAUAUACCAGGAAUGAUGAUAACUUCCGCUAUGAGUGAAAAAUAUGUCAAAUUAUGGAAAAUUACCAAUGAUAAACCAUCAAUGGUAUUAUCACGAGAUUUCGAUGUUGGUAAUAUUUUAACUUGUUCAAUUGCUAAUGAUAUUGAAGUUGCAGGUAAUAUUGUUGUUGGAGGAGUUAAUAAUGGAUUAAAAUUAUGGGAUUCACUUAAUAACAAAUCUGUACGUAGUUCAUUCAAAUCGGAAUUGAAAGAUUUAAAACAAAAGGCUAGAAAGAUUGCUGAAGAACAAGGAAAAUUCUCCAGAAUUUCUAAUAAGUAUGAUAAUGAAACCACUGAUCAAGUAAUGGCCAUUGAUGAACAACAAGAAUCCGAUGAAGAAGAUGAUGAAGAUGAAGAUUAG